GCUCUAGCUGAAAGAUCAAACAAAAGCUGGCCCCUUUGGAAUUCUGUUUCUGCCCUCCCUCUUUGGAAUGCAAACAUGCACAUCUGAAGGUGAUAAUCAAUUGGUGAUUAUUUUAUCACCAACCCAAAUGGAAGUGGUUAGACAAUCAGGUCACCUGUUCCGCAUUUGCCUUGCCCAGGCAUCCACAACAAGAAAGGGAAUUUCCCACUCCUCCGUCAAAUGCAUCACUGGUGACCUCUGAGAAGUGGCAAACAGGGCUGGUCCCACAAAUGAUGUCUCUAACACUUGGAAGGGAAUAAGGAAGCCAUUCCAAAAAUUUCCUACAUACUUUACCCCAAACAGCCCAGAAGUUAAAAGUGCCUCAGUUACUGGACAAUUUGGUUUUGAAGUUAAUGAACUCAAAAGCCAAAGAAAUUCAAAAACGGCUACCGCAGGUGAAGGUGACAGCAAUGGACCGCCCUCAGCUCUAUAAGCCAGAGCCCUUUAAGUUUGCUUGUGGAAGAGCUGGUCAGUAUCGAAGGUUUCAGCAACCCAGAAAAAAAAACGGCUCAUUCAAAAGGAAAGGGAUUGAAAGAUGGCAUAGAGCUGUGUCUACCAACUUAGUGAAACAAAAGGUAUUGGUCCCCAAAGAGGAAUCAUCCAGUGACAGUGACAUGAAAUUUCAUGAAAGCCAGCGAAAUCCGAAAAAAAAUUUGGUGAAGAAAGUGAAGACUGUUUUGGGGAGGAUGCUGCUGUGCAAGCACAGAAGCAAGCCAGCAAGUGUCUGCAGAGGGGGCUCCACUCCUCAUAAGGAAACCCUCCUUUCAAACACUCAGAGCCUUCUUCCCAGAAUCGUCAAGGAGCUGCCAUCACCCAAGUUAUUUACUAAACCAAGAAUGAGAAAGCUCUCACAGAAUGCAACUAUACAACUUGAUGUUGUAGAAGCAGAGACAGAGGAGAUAACCCAAGGAAAUACGCUCCUUCGAGCCAGGAGAACCACCAAGCGGUUAUCUGUGACAUCCCUCCCCUCAGGAAUGCAAAAGGUUCCGUAUUUAUCAAAAAAGAGACCACAUUUUCCAGCACUUAAAAAAAAGAAACAUAGCGUGGAAAACAUCCUCCGAAAAUCAGAUCUAACCGUAGGAAAGCUUCAAAUGCAGGUGGAUGACCUCCUAGAAACAGUGACAGAUAAAUCCAUGAAGUUAUUGGCCCAAAGACAUGCUGAGCUUCAACAGUGUGAGUUUCUAGGGGAUGAAAUUCUUCAGUCUUCUAAGCAGUUCCAGAGGAUAUCCAAGAGAACCAAGAGGAAGUAUAAAUUGAAAAAUGUUUGUUUUCCAUGUACCUGCUGCUGCUUCUGA